GUGACGUGAUCCGGCCUUUCUUUCUCCCAGUCGUCUAGCAGCACUAGUCGGAAGAAGCCUCGUUGUUUGUGUAACUUCCCGCCCCGUCUUUGGCCCGUUUCCUGCCUGCCUUACAUUCGGGCAUCUUUUUUAUGAAUAAUCAAAAGCAACAAAAGCCAACGCUAUCUGGCCAGCGUUUUAAGACCCGAAAAAGAGAUGAAAAGGAGAGGUUUGACCCUACUCAAUUUCAAGACUGCAUUAUUCAAGGCUUAAACGAAACUGGCAACGAUUUGGAAGCAGUAGCAAAGUUUCUUGAUGCUUCAGGAGCAAAGCUCGACUACCGCCGCUAUGCUGAGACCCUCUUUGACAUCCUGGUGGCCGGUGGGAUGCUGGCACCAGGUGGUACUUUGGCCGAUGACGUGAUCCGUACCAAUGUCUGUGUGUUUACUGCACAAGAAGAUCUAGAGACCAUGCAAGCAUUUGCUCAGGUUUUUAACAAGCUAAUCAGACGUUAUAAAUACCUGGAGAAAGGCUUUGAAGACGAGGUCAAGAAGCUGUUGCUGUUUCUGAAAGGUUUUUCAGAGUCUGAGAGGAAUAAGCUGGCCAUGCUCACUGGUAUACUUCUGGCCAACGGGAAUCUUUCUGCAUCCAUUCUCAACAGUCUCUACAAUGAGAACUUGGUUAAAGAAGGUGUGUCAGCAGCAUUUGCAGUAAAACUAUUUAAAUCAUGGAUCAAUGAAAAAGAUAUCAACGCAGUAGCUGGCAGCCUUCGUAAGGUUAACAUGGACAACAGACUUAUGGAACUUUUCCCUGCAAACAAGCAGAGUUUAGAACACUUUACAAAAUAUUUCACUGAUGCGGGACUGAAGGAGCUUGCAGAAUAUGUGAAGAAUCAACAGACCAUUGGUGCUCGCAAGGAGCUUCAGAAAGAACUACAAGAGAUGAUUUCCCGAGGAGAGCCUCUUAAAGAGAUAAGUAUUUACGUAAAAGAAGAAAUGAAGAAAAACAUCUCUGAGCAAACUGUGAUUGGGAUCCUGUGGUCAAGUGUAAUGAGCUGUGUGGAAUGGAAUAAAAAAGAGGAGCUGGUUACAGAGCAAGCCAUCAAACACUUGAAGCAAUACAGCCCUCUCCUUGCUGCCUUUACUACACAAGGUCAGUCCGAGCUGACUUUGCUGCUGAAAAUUCAGGAGUAUUGUUAUGACAACAUUCACUUCAUGAAAUCCUUCCAGAAAAUUGUGGUGCUUUUUUACAAAGCUGAAGUUCUAAGUGAAGAGCCCAUUCUGAAGUGGUACAAAGAUGCACAUAUUGCAAAAGGAAAAAGUGUAUUUCUGGAGCAGAUGAAAAAAUUUGUUGAAUGGCUCAAGAAUGCCGAAGAAGAAUCUGAGUCUGAAAAUGAAGAGGGUGACUAAGUGUUGUCAGAGCAAACACAGGAGCUGUAGAUAAAAAAAAAAACUCGUUCAAUUAUGUGUCUUUCUGGUUAUUACAUCCUACCUCCUGUAUCAAGCAUGAUAUAAGGGCUUUCAUCACUCACAUUUAUUUCCCCCCCUUUUUUUGGUCAACAUGUUUUUAGUUUUAAUAACCAUGUUUUAAAUAGCAAUGCUAUGAAUCCAUGACUCAAAUUUUUGUUACCCUCUACCUCCUGUAUUUUCUACUGUAAUGUAAUUUAAGGCCUUUAAAAAUUUAACAAUUCGUUUUAUCCCCUGGUUUUCUAUUAAAGUUUAAAAUGGC